AUGCGACUGCUGUUGUCUGUUCCACUUUCUGUGUGUGAGGCUCACGGCGCCGUUAAACGCCUUCUUCACUCAGAUUUGUACAAUACUUUUUUUACGUGUGAUCCCAAAGGGUCUCAUCUCGGCUCCGGUGGGGGAACGAGUUGGUUACUGGAGCGGUGCUAUCAAUCGGAACGAAACGACAGUGUGACGACAGAAGACGACGACGACUUUGAGGGGUGGCUGUUGCGUGAGCAGCGGAUCAUAAUUCAUAGCGGUGGACAGAGCCGACGGCUGCCCUCAUAUGGACCGUGUGGGAAGCUGCUUCUGCCCGUUCCUGUCUUUCGCUGGUCGCGUGGGCAGACGUGUGAUCAGACGCUCCUCGAUUUGCAGAUGCCGCUCUACGAAGAGGUGAUGCGGCGGGCACCUUCGCACCUGCGUACACUUGUGUCUUGCGGCGAUGUUCUUAUUUUGCUCAACCAACCGCUUCCACCCGCGCCAGAAGAAGCGGAUGUGGUCUGCUACGCCGUUCGGGAGGAGGUGGACCGGUUGAGAAAUCACGGUGUCUUCUUUUUGAGCCAUGAGGCCCCCGAUGAGUUGGAUAUGAUGCUGCAGAAGCCGUCAAUACGGGAGAUUCACGAGUACACCGCCAACCGACGGUGCGUCAUGGACAUCGGCCUCUGGCUGUUGAGUGAUCGUGCGGU